AUGUUACAAGAUAAAAGUUAUAAAUUGACCAAUGAAAAUUCCUUUGAAUUAGAGCCUGCAGACAAUAAUUUUACAGGCAUAGGAGGAUCUGCUGAUUUUGAAGAAUUGGAGGAACGGGAUAUAAACCCCCCAUCUGCAUUACUUCCAAAUAAAAGUAGCCCAGAUGUAGAAAAUGAUGAAGAAACUAUAGAUAAUGAUAAUUUUAUUCAAAACAUAACAAAUGAGAAUUUACGAAAAUCCACUCUUUUCAUGGCCUUUAUGAAUAUGACCAACAGUAUUUUGGGUGCGGGCGUUAUAGGAUUACCGUUAGCCAUACGUAACACGGGGUUAAUUGGUGGAGUUCUUGCUAUUAUUAUGUUGACUUUACUAGUGGAUUGGACUUUGAGGCUAAUUGUAAUAAACUUGAAACUUUCUUCAAAAACAACAUAUCAAGAUUUUGUGGAAUAUACCUUGGGGAAAUGGGGCAAGUUUUUAAUUUUGAUAAGUAAUGGGCUAUUUGCUGUUGGUGGAUGUAUUGGGUUUUGUAUAAUCAUCGGUGAUACAAUUCCCCAUGUACUAAGGGCGUUUUUUCCUGAUCAUUCUGAAUGGUUUCAUCGUAACAUAAUUAUUGUUUUGGUGACUGUAUUUAUAUCCUAUCCGUUAUCAUUAAAUAGAGAUAUUUCCAAGUUGUCGAACACUUCCUUUUUAGCUAUUAUUAGUAUGUUGGUAAUUAUUUUUAUGGUUUUGCUCAGAGGACCAGUCACCGCUGAUUCUUACAAGGGUAGUUUUUCUAAUUCAUCAAUAUUUAUUUUACCGAGUUUUUUCCAAGGGGUUUCAGUGAUCUCCUUUGCAUUAGUUUGUCACCACAAUACAAGUUUUAUCUAUUUUUCCAUACGUAAUCCCAGUUUGAAGAGAUUUAAUAGGAUGACUCAUAUUAGCUGCUUUGUAUCUAUGAUUGCUCUAUUUAUAAUGGGAUUUUCAGGAUUUGGUAUUUUCAAGGAUAAAACAAAGGGUAAUAUUUUGAAUAAUUUUCCUAGUAAUGACAACUAUAUUAAUGUGGCGAGGUUUUGUUUUGGGUUCAAUAUGUUGACAACUUUUCCGCUAGAAGUUUUUGUUUUGAGAGAUGUUAUAAGGGAUUUGUUGUACUUUAAUGUUCACUCCGAUACACCCGUGGAAUUAUCCUCCAUGUUACACUUUACUGUUACUACAAUUAUUGUUCUCAUCACAAUGGGCAUUUCUUUAACCACAUGUAAUCUAGGUGCAUUAUUGGAAUUAGUUGGCGCUACUACAGCUUCAUUGAUGGCUUACAUAUUACCUCCUUACUGUAAUUUAAAGUUAAUAGGGAAUAAUAAAACCCUUUGGGAGAAAAAAAGACAUUACUUUUGUAUUUUUUUUGGGUUUGCAGUGUUAAUCAUUAGUACUACUCAGACUAUAAUAAGUGCAAUUAAGAGUUCAGAAGAGAAGCAUUGUAUAGUAUAG